GUGUGUGUGUGUGUGUGUGUGUGUGUGUGUGUGUGUGUGUGUGUGUGUGUGUGUGUGUGUGUGUGUGUGUGUGUGUGUGUGUGUGUGAGAGAGAGAGAGAGAGAGAGAGAGAGAGAGAGAGAUAAUCAGCUACCGGGUGAUUUUUAGUGAGAGAACCAGACUUUAAUUUGUCUAUCGACAUGUUUAAGCUCUGAAUUUACCUCUGGGUGGAAUAUUACUUUUAUCCUCAACAAAAUGGAGACCAUCCUGGCCAAAGCACUCUAUGACAACACAGCUGAAAGCCCAGAUGAGCUGGUCUUCUACAAGGGUGAUGUUGUUGUGGUGAUAGAGAAAACUGUUGAGGGCAGUGUCGGCUGGUGGAAAUGCUCUCUGAAUGGCCAAGAAGGCCUGGCACCGGCCAAUCGACUACGACUCCUCUCACCUUCAGAAAGUAUUUAUCAAACACCACGGCCAGCAGAAGCAAGUCCAACUUACGAGGCAAUGGAGAAGGGAAACAAGGUGCCAUUCUCACACAUAGUACACAGUCCUGUCCUUUUCCUGUGGAAAUCUGAAUCUCUGGACAGAAACUACUCUCUAAAUAAAAUGGUACAUGGUGUCUUCACUCCCAGCACAGAUAUGUAUGCUGUUCCUAGUCUUUGGAGAAAAGGCUUGUUAUACACACCACUAUCACCACGGCCUACAUUAAGAAAAACAUCCACUGUCAUUCAGAAGAGAUCCGAAGUCAUUGAUAACAGCAAAUCCAUAGCAUCUGAGAUUUAUGCUGUACCACCCACACCCUCCAAAGAUCCCAAUUAUGAUAUUCCUGUUUCUUCCAAAAGUGAGUUAGUUUCCAACUUCAACACUUUGCCUAAUCCACAGAAGUGUGAGCAGAUAUAUGAUGUGCCUGUAGCACUGGAAAUGCCCAUCAGUGUACAUGGUUUCUAUGGCACAAUGCCAUCUAAAGGUGCACAUUCUGGAAAACAGUUCUAUGAUACUCCAACAUCAUGUGUUCGUCUUGCAGCAGUCACUGCUGGCUGCAUCUAUGAUAUCCCAAAAUGUAGGAAGAAAACACAACAAAGAACAGACCCCAACCUCAAAGAGGAAGGAUGCAUCUAUGAUGUACCACCUAGCCUCAAUAAAAGAGAACCCAUUCUGAAUGUACUAACACUCCCGAAUCAGAAAGUUACAAACCCAGGUAAUUUGGAAAAUGCUUCCAAACCUAUUGAAGACAGGUGCAAACCUGGUCCAAUGCAUGAUCUUCCUCGUAGACGAUCAUCAUGGGGUAGACAGAUUAUGGUGUCCAGAGCACAAGAGAGGAGGGCAAAAACCACUCCCAUGAAGGAGGUAACGAAUGAUAUAGGUGUGUCUAUUUCCGAAAACCAAAGGGACUCCACAGUUUCCAACUCCUCCAACACCUCCAGUUCUUCCAAGAGCUCCUGUGACUCUAUGAUGUUUGGCUCCACCUCACCAGAGCCACUACGGGAGGUCACACUAUCCCCAGAGGAAGCAGCCCAAAGACUUUUGAAACUCCAGGAAACAGUUUGUCAGGCUGUGCCCCAACUGAUGGACUUUGUAAGUAGCCACUGGAGAAGCCGUGAGCAUCUGGGCCAACACCUCCAGCAGAUUCGUGCAGCCUCAGAGGAUGUGGCCAACUCAGUCACCUCCUUCCUCAACUUUGUUCUAGAUAUCAGAGGCAAUGCACUGCGGCUUACUGACUGUAACCUGCAGGCCAGGCUCCAGAAGCAGCUCUCUAUUGUGGAGAACUCAGGACUGAUUGUGCAGAACUCUGUGGAUGCUCUUUGUGGCUUAGGCUGGUCUCUGGAUGUCCUGGCUCAGGAUCCGGGGCAGCCACAGAUUUCAGACCAACUGGAGCGCUUUGUCAUGGUUGCCCGGACUUUGCCAGAAGACAUGAAACGGUUGGUGUCCAUUAUUAAUGCCAACAGCAAGCUUCUGUUCAGAAACUCAUCAAAAGAGCCAGAAAUGCCAAAGAACACCAGUCUACCACAUGUUAUAAAAAGCACUGGCAAGAAUGAACCACCGUUAGAUAAAGAGGGGAAUGAUGAUUAUGUACAUCUUCAGACCAAGACAGAAUUUGAAAAGUUACAGCAAACUGAAGAAAAAAACAACAUAAAAUUGGAAAUUAAUCAACACAAUGAGAAAAAACAGGUUUCCAAACCAGAGCCUACAUGCUUUGAUAGUACAAGCCAACAUCCCGGCAAGCCUGUGAUUUCUGACCACUGCCGACUGUAUUUUGGGGCCAUCAGGAAAGCCAUUGCUGUGUUUGUUUCUAGCCUGGAGGAGCAACAGCCCCCUGAGAAGUUUAUAUCCCACAGUAAGCUGGUGAUCAUGGUGGGCCAAAGGCUAAUAGACACCCUUUAUUGUGAGGCCCAGGGUAGGGAGGACAGUCAGGAACUCCUACACAAAAGCAACCACUUGUGUGCCCUCCUCAAGCAUCUGGCAGUGGCCACCAAAAAAGCAGCGCUACACUUUCCGGACAAAGUGGCAAUCAAGGAAGCACAGGACUUUGCCAAAGAACUGGCUCAGUGGGCACACCAAUUUCGCAUGUUUCUGGAAAAUUAAGCUGUUUGUAAAAGGACAGCAGUAUAGUGCACUGUAUAAGUUGACACAUACCUACACGCUCUGCAGUUGUGCAGUUCGUGUGCAGUUCUUCUAUUAGUGUGAACACUGGAACAGCAAUAAAAUACCAGAAUAGGUGGAGAAAUGGUUGGUCUAGCAAUAGAUUAGAAUGAAAAUUAUAGCAAAACAUGCACUUUUUUGAUGCUAGAUGUUGUAGCCAGAAUUCAAAGCAGAAUUUCAAGGUAGAAUUAUCAUGAAGCAAUAGAAGAAACUAUUUCCCUCUGUUCUAAUAAAAAUCUGUCUUAUUAGAAGGGUUUUUAAUAAUAGUAUUUGGGUCAGAUAUGGAAAAUUGUGCCUAGAUUGUGGAUAGGCUAAUAUUUUAAAUACAAACAAAUAAAAUGAAAUUUCGAACACAAAAGAGACAAAGGAUAGGACUAAGAUCCCUCCACCAAAUCUCCAUGCUUUUUAUAACCCUUUUCUACAUGUUGUAGGAAGAUACUCAGGUGUCAGGAUUGAUUUUUGCUUAAAUUCACAAAUAAUGUAUUUUAUAAUAUCUUUUCAUGUGACAACACUGAAGAAAUGGUACUUUGUGGCCAGCAGUUUAGACAUUAAUAGCUGUGUGUUGAUUUAUUUUGAGCGGAUAGCAAAUUUAAACUCUUUUAACUCUUUAACUCUUAUACAAGCUGUACACUCACUACUUUACAUUGAAGCAAAGUGUAAUUUCUUCAGUGUUGCAACAUGAAAAGAUAUAAUAAAAUAUUUACCAAAAGUGAGAGGUGUUCUUACUUCUGUGAGAUACUGUAUAUAUAAAUAACCAACUACAAUAUUUCAGUAAGAUUUCUGGCCAUCAAAUAAUGUUUUGCUUGACUAAAUAGAACCUGUUUUAUUAAAUAAAUAGAAUGUGUAAUUAUAAUAAAUAUAAUUCAUAUAAUAUUUUAAUAAACUAAUAAAAAAAGUUA